ACCAACUUCACGAAAUCCGCCACUCCAUGACCAACCUCGUCCUCUCUCUUCCCACUUCGCAAGCAUUGCAUUACACUCGUUUGGACACCUCCGUUCCGCAAUGUACAGCAUACAAUAACACCUACAACUCUCAAUGGCGACAACACAACCCGAAGUCCCCGAAUGGGAGACGCCGACCUCCCCGCCCAAGAAAAGCAUCUUCCGCAAACCAGUCGCACUCCAAUCGUUCUCACUCAGCAAAGAAGAGCCCGGCGAAGAUGCAACAACUGUCAAGCGCACAUUCUCUGAUCAUCUCCCCCAUGGUUUUGCAGCGUGCUUUGGCCGCAGCCGCAAGCAAAUUCUCCUCAGCCUCCUCGCCUUCAUCCUCCUUCUCAUACUCAUCCUCGGCCUAGGACUCGGCCUCGGCCUCUCGCACAAGUCAAAAAAAGCGCAGAACCUCCCUCUACCGACGAACCGGGGCAUCUUCACAGGAGACCUCACAUUCUACAGUCCCGGCCCGGGCUAUGGGUCCUGCGGCUACCAAAACACGUCCACGGAAUCCAUAUGUGCUGUCUCGCAUCUGAUCUUUGAUGCCGCCUCUACGAGCUCGAACUCGAAUAAUAACCCGUUGUGCGGGAAAAUGAUACGAAUUACGAGGUACGAUGCAACGGUGGGCGGGAAUAGGAGCGUGGACGUGGAGGUCGUAGAUCGCUGUGUGGGGUGCAAGGCGACGGAUUUGGAUUUGAGCUUGAGUAUGUUUACGAGUUUGGCGGAGGAGAGCCAGGGGAGGGUUGUGGGGAGUUGGGCGUGGUUGAAUUGAAGACAGGGGAUUGUAUAUUGGGACGAAAGGGUAAUAUUUAUUGUUGUUAUGGGAAGGUCACCUGCUGUUGGGAAUGGGAUAGCUGGGGCUGGGUAAGGGUGUGGACAAAUGAGCAAGGUUCGCGGUACAUUGUAUAAAGCCCUAGUGAAGACUUGAGGCAAUGGACUGAUGUAUUACCUGGUGUAAGAAUACUUCCAGAGCCACCCAUGAGUUGACGAUACAUUGUUAUUGCAAAAACCCUUCCAAAAGAUGCCACCAGCAUAUAUACCACAAACAUGCUUUACCAUCAACUUUGAAAUAUGAAUGCUGAUCUAAAUGGAGUCGGUUUAGCCAUGCCGUGGUUCCGCUGUUUCAAGU